CGAGCUGUCCGUCUCCUCGGACUUCUCUCGUUUCUCACUCUAUUUUUCCUCGACGGCUCAUCUCCUUUCCUCAUUUUAUUUAUUUUUUUUUACAUACACGCCUCCGGGGCCUCGCACAGGAAUAUAAACACUGAAUGACAGCCUCUCUCGCCCGCAGGGAGGACAGCUGGUGCGGCGAUAACAUCGGAGGCGGGUGGGGAGGGGGAUGCCCUUGACUUGGAAAGCAGGAGUUAGGAGGAGAAGGGGGCACCACCAUGUACUGUACGGAACGAAGUGACAUUGCGACUGUGUGAUCUUCAUCGACAGGAGCGUCAGGGAUGUGGCGCAGGCUCUGCAAGUUCAUUUCCUCCGUGGCAGCCGAGGAGCAGCAGCAGCGUCCUGCUGAGAGUGGAACCGCCGUGCAGCCGCACGGAGCCCUGGCCCUGGAGCUCCGCUGGUCAAGCUGAGGAGGCCUGAGCGGUCUCCACCUCCGGAUUAGAUGGUGGCAGAAGGCAAAUGUGCAUGACAAGAUAAACCAACCCAGAGGCUGUCCUGCCUGCGCUGCAGAUAAGCAGAAGCUGUGAGUCUACUUGGGCUUUGGUUAUCGUUCUUGCUUUUCUUUAUUUGGGGCCUCUUCAGGUACAACAGACUGUAUUUGUGGGAGUAAAUGUACCUAUUAAUAAUAAAUGUAUUGGGCACCAGCCCCUGAACUGUAAAACGUAGGCUUGAAACUGGGCCGGUUUAUUUUUCUAACUCUUAAAGAAAGGUGGGUUUGACUGAAAAUAAUGGCUGACCACAACGAAGCCGAGUUGUCCGAGUCCCUUCAGAAGGAGGAUGGGUCUUCCAGCGAGCUGGAGGAACCAGGGACAAACUUCAAGUCCAAAAGUAUGCCUGUAUUAAAUUCAGCAGCGCCUCAAAAGGAAACCUUACUGGCCAGUUCAGUGCGGAUGUCCAUAACAGCGGAAGAGAGCGCAGAGUUCAUCCAGCUCCCGGCCAAAACGGAGUCCUUCGAGUCAGAGUCCCCAGCGAGGACAAGCUACCUGCCCAAGCCAGGGAAGUCGGCACUGAACAGGCCGAGCUCGUACAUGGAGAACACGGAGAUCCGGAGGAGUAAAAACAUGGCCAGGAGGAAGCCUCUGGGGUUUUUUGCUUCCAGGCUAGCACAGAUUCGUCUGCCCAGUAGGAAGUACCUGGGCGUUAUCUUACAAGACUCUCGCUGCUUCCUGUUCUGCAUGUGCUACCUGACGUUCAUCCAGUCGCUCAUGGUGUCGGGCUACCUCAGCAGCGUCAUCACCACCAUAGAGAAGAGGUACAGCCUAAGAAGCUCCGAGUCGGGCCUCCUUGUCAGCUGUUUCGACAUCGGGAGCCUCCUGGUGGUCGUCUUCAUCAGCUACUUUGGUGGGCGGGGCCAGAGGCCUCGUUGGCUGGCGGUAGGCGGGGUUUUCAUUGCUGUGGGCGCCGCCCUUUUCUCCUUACCUCACUUCAUCUCCCCGGCCUACCAGAUUCAGGAAGUCAACUCGUCCUCCGCCAACGAGGGCUUAUGCAUGAACAGCAACGCCAGUGGCAGGGACCGCGUCGACAUCACUUCCUGUCCCAGAGACCAGGAAGGCAACGAGCACAACCUGUACGUGGCGCUGUUCAUCAUCGCUCAGAUCCUGGUGGGCAUGGGAUCCACGCCCAUCUACACGCUGGGACCCACCUACCUGGAUGACAACGUCAAGAAGGAGAACGCCUCGCUGUAUCUAGCCAUCAUGUAUGUGAUGGGAGCACUGGGCCCAGCAGCGGGUUACCUGCUGGGAGGAGUCCUCAUCGGCUUUUAUGUGGACCCCAAGACUGUGGUCAACAUUGACCAGAGCGACCCCCGCUUCAUCGGCAACUGGUGGAGCGGGUUCCUGCUGUGUGCCGUGGCCAUGCUGCUCGUCAUCUUCCCCAUGUUCACCUUCCCCAAGAAGCUGCCGCCCCGACACAAGAAGAAGAAGAGGAAAAAGCUGAGUCUGGACGACCUGUCCAGCGACGACGACGUCCUCAAGGAGAAGAGCAACAACAACAAGAACCAGGCGGUCACCUCGUCCAUGGGCUUCGGCAAGGACAUUAAAGACCUGCCCAAAGCAGCGGUGAGGAUCCUCAGCAACGUGACGUUCUUGUUCGUCAGCCUGUCCUACACAGCGGAAAGCGCCAUCGUCACUGCUUUCAUCACCUUCAUCCCCAAAUUCAUCGAGUCUCAGUUUGGCAUCCCGGCCUCCAACGCCAGCAUCUACACCGGUGUGAUCAUCGUGCCCAGUGCCGGCGUUGGCAUCGUCCUGGGCGGCUACAUCAUCAAGAAGCUGAAGCUGGGGGCUCGCGAGUCGGCCAAGCUGGCCAUGAUCUGCAGCGGAGUCUCCCUGCUCUGCUUCUCCACGCUGUUCAUCGUGGGCUGUGAGAGCAUCAACCUCGGAGGAAUCAACAUCCCGUACACCACCGGCCCGACUCUCACCAUGACCCAGAGGAACCUGACGGGAGGUUGUAACGUGAACUGCGGCUGUAAAAUCCACGAGUACGCUCCGGUCUGUGGCUCUGAUGGCAUCACAUACUUUAACCCCUGCCUGGCCGGCUGCAGCAGCGUGGCCAAUGAUAGCACCGGGAUUCGUAACUACUCAGACUGUGCCUGCGUCCAGAGUCGGCAGGUCAUCACGCCGUCGUCCAGCGGACAGGGCAGCAACCAGCUGCAGCUCGUCAUCGUCAAGACCUACCUGAACGAGAAUGGCUACGCUGUGUCAGGGAAGUGCGACCGCACCUGCAGCACCCUCAUCCCCUUCCUCGUCUUCCUCUUCAUCGUCACGCUCAUCACUGCCUGCGCCCAGCCCUCCGCCAUCAUCGUCACCCUCAGGUCUGUAGCGGAGCAGGAGAGGCCGUUCGCUCUGGGAAUGCAGUUUGUUCUCCUCAGGACUCUCGCCUACAUCCCGACACCCAUUUACUUUGGUGCCGUCAUUGACACCACCUGCAUGUUGUGGCAGCAAGACUGUGGCGUCCACGGCUCCUGCUGGGAGUACGACGUCACCUCCCUGCGCUUCGUCUACUUCGGCCUCGCCGCCAGCCUCAAGUUCCUCGGUUUCCUCUUCAUCUUUCUCACCUGGUACUCCAUCAAGUACAAGGAGGAACGGGUGGAGCGCUGGCUCAAGCGUCACCUGUCGCCCGUCGACACUGUGGGCAGCCUGGUCUGCCACCCGGGCGGCCACAAGGGCCACGCCCGGACCCGUUCCUGCCCCGUCAACAUCCCACGAAGCGACCCCAACACCCUGCCUGCUCCGCCACGCGCCGGCGCCCUCAACCGUGGCAUCAGCACUCAGAGUUGUCCUGGCAACGAGCUAAAAGCAAUAACUCCUCCCCCUCCGGCUGCGCCAUCACCUGCAGCGGCAGCGGCACCUGCCCCUGUGCCGGCCCGAUCGCUGGAGCACGUUUCAGUCCGGGUCUGAGUUUCAGAGCGAGGGUGGGUGAUGAGGCAGAUCUCGCUGACGUCUCUUUUACUCUGAAAUCUAGUCAGCUGGAGGCCCUGAUUUAUUCAGAACCUCCAGCUCAGCGCUCAGUGGCUGAAAAGUUAAACUAGUUUUGGGACCAACCAGCCUAUAGACCCAUCUCUGACACGGAAAAUCUGCUUGGCCAGUGAAAACGCUGAAAGCGGCCAGGUGUUUUCUUUGUUAUCCACCAGCCGGUGCAGCGAGCGGACAAAGGCUUUGCUUCCCCUGCUUUGGAUAGAGAAGAGCUCAUCACUCAUAACUCCCCCGGCAAUACGUGCCUUCUGUCACCAAGGACCUCACAUGUAUAUUACAUGUACAAACACACUGGACGUCUCUCAGACUGUGGUAACCCUGUUGGAAUAAAAGUCACCGGAACAGAUACCUCAGCUUCACCGAUCCUCCCGCUUCCCCUUCACCUCACGUCCGUGUGCUUCUUCUUCUUCUUCUUCUCCAUGUGUGUUUUUUUUUCUUCUCCCUCACGUGAGUGAUUUUUGUUUUCCGGACACUGCAUAUCACGGAACAACAAAAAAAAAAAAAAGAAAAAAAAAAGAAAACCCUAUGGAAAUGUGAUAGACUGCUAUUAAGCGUUAAGAACUGGAAACCGAUGGCAUGGUGCUAUGUAAAAAAACAGUGUUUAGCGUCCUUUUUUUUUUUUUUUUGUUCUUUUUAGGGUUAAAACAUUUGAAAAGAACCCAACUGGACAACAGGUCACUGGGCUAAGCAGCUUGGCUCGCACAGAAUGCAUUCCUGUCCGAUGCGAGGCCUUUUGUUGCUCCCCUGACACAAUGACACGUAGUAUUACCACUGGAAGUCGGAUUGUUUGGCUUUUGCCAGCUCCAUACAAUGCAUCCAUAUAUCCGAGCCGUGCCCCCCCCCCCUGACUGGCACCCUGACGAGUGGUUUCAACCUGAAAAGAACAGGAUCGGCAUUUUCCUCCUGACCACAUUCCCGGCCGGACAAGUCAUUGGGAUUGUUCACACGACUGGAAGAGAAGCUGUGCUUGGAGAAGUUUUCACUCCUGUGGCUGGAUUUCUGUCUACUUACCAAGCUCAAUGAGAGAUACAGUCGAUCAUUCACCAACAGCAACACCAUCAUUUGUACUUAAACAUGUAGGACGACAAGUAGUCGACCAUCACGUAGAGGCCAUAGUGUAGUUGUCUGUUCUUCGUCAGCUCUAGAAACAACAGGUGAUGGUGAAUUUUGGGAAGAAUCCUGAACGGAUGGUUAGUUUCAGGUGUCAUGUUGGCUAAUUGUUUAACUGGGGUGCCAAUGAUUUAUGGGUAAACAACCUUCUUACCUGAAAGAAUAGGAUGUGCAGUUUUCUUCUCAAGAUGCCAGACCCGACAUACGUUUGCAUAUAUGCAAGUUAAAGUGUGGAAAGUAAAAAAGAGGGCAACAGAUUUCAAUCUGCUGAUUAUUCUUUAAAUUUAAACACUGAAUUGUUUGAUCUAAGAAAAAAAGUAAGAAAUAGUAAAAAAUGCCCGUCAUCAUUUCUCUGGGACCAAGGUGACAUGUUCAGAUGCGUUGUUGAAAACUCAGAUAUUAGAUUUUAAAUUAUAGAGAAAAGAGAAAAUCACCCUCAAAAGUCUAGAAAGUUUUUUUCUUAGAAACUGGUGAAGGACAACUGACAUUGGACUAAACAGUCUCACCUUAAGCUUCAUUUCGUAGUUGUUAUGGAACUUUCGAUCGUAUCCGGUGAUCUUCCUCAGUCCUCAGCAGAUGAAUGUAGAGUUUCCAUAGAGAUGUAGAUGUAAUUAACAUGUCUAUUUUUCCUGAGCUCUUUAUGGACCCAUCCAUCUUCAUUCUGAAGUUGAGGAUCAGUGUUUACUUUGGUAGCAUCAGUUGAGAAAACAGUCCCAUCAGAAGAUCCAUUUAGUCUCUGUUCUGGAGUUUUCAGUCAUGUCACAUGAUCUUCACCAGGUGCAAUACAGCUAUCAUUUAAGCGAUUAGUGUGGUGAACUUUAUCAUGUGCUGCGAUCGAAAGCUCCAGAGCAGCUACUAAAUGGAGGCUGGAGGUGUCAUAAAUGAAGAGACGCCUGAGACUGAAUAACAAACAAAUGAAAACUUAGUUCCAUGUUUUUUUAAGCAGUGGAGAAACAUCACAUAAAAGCCAACAUCCUCUGAUUAUGUCAUUUUAAAAACAACGUUUUGAAAAAGAAAAACAUUCAUGAAGGAAGAAAUGAUCCCUUUGAUUUUUCUGUAGUAAAAAUUCAGCCACAUUUUAAUUCUCAAAUUAGUUGGUAAGAUAGUGAAAGUUUGGGAUUUAGGCUGUGGAAGCAAAGAAAUGCUUCAAUAAUUUGACUUUUAUAAGGAACUGAUACCUAAUAAUGAAAUGUAAAAACCUCUGAAUUUACAGCAUUUUUAGAUUAUUUUUUUGAAUAUUUGUGAGGUCAAAUUUUUUUUAAUCCUUAAAACACAAACAACCAAACACAUACAAAGAUUUUGUGUUUUCCAAAACUGCAACACUUAAAAUCAUCAGGUGGAAGUAAAAAUACAGUGAGACAAAUGAUUUUCAAAGUAAAAUACUCCCAGGCUGUAAAUCACAGUGAAUCAAAUUAUUACUGUGAUGGCUGCUUCCCCUGUGGCCGGGGGCGGACAUUGUCCAAGGCACUUCUGAGCUGUAUGACCUGAAGUCGCGCAGUGUUUAUUUUUCACUAACUUAAAUCAGUAUUACCACUUACUUCCUGCACAGCAGCCUCCUCGCUCCUGUCGGUGUUAUAGCUGUGAAAAUCAUCGUGUGUUUACCAUGUUUUUUUUUUCCUCCCGUUUAUCCUGAAUGUUCAGACCUCAGUGAAGACACUGUGUUCAGGACUGUUGUGUUUCAUGUAUAUACAGUAGACAUGAGCCAUCAUGGUCACUCGCUGUCCUCUGAGGACACCUGCUGGUUACACAUGGAAUAGCAGGUAGAGACCAGAAGGCAUUGAUUCAAAGACAGAGCAGAGAAACCUGUGGACAGUGCAGUGUGUGGAUCGUGGGGUUUGUGUCUCAUGCAAUCAGUAUUUUUACAUUUGAAUGUAGUUUUGUAUAUAAAAUGUCAGAAAACGGAGAAAACGCUGUCGACGUUUUCAGACGUCUUGUUUAGUCAAACCUGAAAAUAUUUCAAUUCACUGUCAUGGAAGAAGAAGAAAACCUGUAAAUCCUCAUGUUAGAGAAGCUGGAACCAGUUUUUUCAACUCACUGCAGUCAAACCAAACGUUUCCUGUUUUGUAUUUCUGAGCAAUAUAUUAAAAUUUCAUUUUUUACAUCUGCUUAUAGCUACAUUAUGUUAUAGUUUGUUAUAUUAAAUAUUAAUAUAUUGUUAAGAAAUGCAAAACAUCUGCUCGGAAACAUCUCAAAUGUAAGAACAGUGAUAACAUGACAGAUGCAAAGUGGAGCUGAAAUUCGUUUUUGACGUGUUUCGUGGUUUCAGUGAAAAAUCAGAAAAAAAAAAGCUCACGUUUGGUGCAAAAGGAUGUUUUUGUUUGUGUGUGUUAUUUAGAUGAAGGUCUAACACUGAGGCUGGGGGUGGGGGGUUAGGACAGGACAACAGUGAUACACAACAAGGAAGAAAAGUCUGAGGGACACAAAGGAACCACUUUGCUAUAACUGAAAAGGGGGAAUGUAGCCAGUGAUCAUCCUACGCCUGCCAGAAAGCAGGUUUCAGUACUCAACACAGUAGAGUCAGUAGACUAGAGUAGAAACACACAACAUUCCAUUUUCAUGUAAAGCGAAAACAACAAAUACAAAUCACAACCAUCUCCUGUGUAGUGUUAGUGAAGCACUGAGACACUCACACACCUGCGCUCUGUCUCUCUGUGCCUACCUUUCACCUGUCAACUGCUGUUUCACUUCGUUGCUGUGACGCUCCUGCUCAGCUGGUGUCGAUGAGGACCAAACGUUGAGACGGAGACCCAGGGCCUCAGAGCUUCUUAGGGCACUCGGCUCCGAGCCCAUUGGCUCUUUCCGAGGAUGUAAAUCUGUAGAAACAGCUCUGAAAUAUUUACAGGCCCAGUAAUUCGGAUUAAUCCACAUCAGGUGCUGUCUCCUGAAAGCUGGAGGCAGUCGAUUUGAGAUUUGAAAUUGAUGCAGGUGGUCUCAGGAUUUCAUCCUCAUGUUGCUGAUUUUCUCUGAAUCCACUGACGUUUGGUUGGUUCACCUGCCGACACCAGCUCCAGGGUUUUACUACGUUAAUGCUGUUUUUCCUCCUCUGCUCAUGUCACAUCCUCUCUUGGACGGAAGGAGGCGUUUACCGUGUGUCUUUUCAUGUAGUAACGUGGCAUCAAUUCCAGACUGUGACCACACAUGAAAGGCCGAAUCCAUAUGAGCUCCUUCACACAGACAUAGGUUAGUUUACUUUCUUCUUCCUUUUUUUUAAACUUUUCUUUUUAUCAGUAUUGUAUUUAUUUCCAAAGGACAGUGUUUUUGACUGAAAGGCCGCACUGAACAGAGGCAAAAUGUAGAUCUGUGGGCACACUGUUUACAAAUGCCUUGGUUACUUGACUUCUGUCAAUAAAAAUGUGAAAAAUAAUAAAACAG